AUGAAGAGUCGAAAGGCCAUCACCAACACACAGCGCCGUGCUCUGCGGAAAUGGUUCUUCGAUCCUACUACCAAGGAUGGCGCUAAGACGCACGCCGACGCAUCCUUUUGGUGGGAAGAGAAUUACGGUUACUACCUCAAUUCAAGUACCGUAAGCGAAAUUUUGAGCUACAAAUACGAUCCGCUGGAUAAUAUCUCCGCAGAUCCGGCUUACUGUCAAAUCGACUCCCGCAAGCGGCAGCGCCCGCCCAAGUGGGAGACCCUGGAAGAGGAGCUCAUCAAAUGGGCCUUUUGGCACGAGUGCGUUGCUGGCAACGGACCGGUUACCGGCGCCAUGCUCAAAGACCGCGGCACCGAGCUGUGGAACACUCUCGAGUGUCACCGGGGCAUGCCAAUGCCAAAGUGGAGCGAAGGUUGGCAGUGUCGGUUCAGAACACGAUAUGCACAUCGGAAACAGAAGAUGCUCGACGAGAUAGCACGGAACAGCAGCGGCCCCAGCAGCAAUAGCGAGAGCGGAGAUUAUGGCAGCCCAGACCCCUACUUUGAGACGGGCCAUUACUAUUGGUAG